UGGAAACAGCGUUGAUAAACUGAAAGUCAAGCACAUCCGCAGAUUUUCUGUAACGUUACGGUUACCCAAGACUGUGCCGCUCGAGAAGUCUAGUGUGAAAAUACCUGACUGACACGGGGAAUUUAUGUCCGUUUAACCCAACAACUAGAAGAAACUAUAAUACCCUUCUGCUAGCCACCGACAUCUGUUUAACAUGCACAUGAAGCUUUAGCUUCAUGCUAAUGUUGUGCUGUUUCGGUAAUCAUCGUUCCGAUGCCGGAUUCAGACCGUUUUAACCCACUCGAUAUGUUUUAACGCCAAUACACAUAACGUUAUUUGCAACCUUUCCAAUGUUCGCAUUAAGACAAAACUAGAUAUCCAGCAUCAGCCAAUAUUAAGUUAGCUAACUUAGCCGAGGUGAUUGCCGUGCUAGGUCUGCUAGCAAGCUAACAUUAACUGGCAAUCGAUGACGAAAUAACGUUAACAGUUAGCGCUAAUUGUAAAAGUCACCACGAAAUAAUGGAGUAUCUAGCGAAGAACUAUCCAUAAUUAGAAAUAUAUUAGAUGUGCAUGCGUUUACCUUGAAUGCCUGAAAUAACCGGUUCCCUGUGCGGUGUUAGUGAGGUGUACUCAAUUUUUAGCUGACUGCGAAACAGUCUUGUCAACCAAACGUUCAAGAUGGCUUCCAGUCGUAUUUGAACCCGCCCCCAUCUAACUAAUCAGCUGAUUUCAUUUCAAAUCAAGGGUUUACCUUACCAGGGUGUCCUCUCAAAAUAAUACUUUCAGAAUAUCUAAAGUUACUACAUCCAGUUCACUGCAUCUGUGGAGCCCGUGUCUUUCUCGGUAUUGUGUGCCGUCUGUGUUCUCUUGACUCAAAUGUACGUACAUUCAUCUACUUAGACUAGAAAAGAAGGAAUGACCAGUUCACAUAUUCAAACCACAGUCUGAUUUGCUGGCCAUGGAGCAGCUCAAGGGCUCCUUCAUGGCUUUCUCCACCUAAAUUUAUCCGGCAAACCAACUACCUACAGUAGCAAUUUAGACUUUGUGUUUGGAUGAUGUUUAUGGUAUACUAUCACCAGCGUAUUCGUAUUGUCAUGGCUGAAUAUUAUAUUCAGAUAAGAUUUGCAAGGGUGUGGUUGUUGCUAGGCAUUCCCAAAUAAGUCUGACCAAUUCAGUAUAAUUGCCUUAUGCUUGUCAAAAGCUAGAAUAUAUUGUGGACUGCAGUUACUUAGGCUUGCAUGAGUGCUCUUGCAUGCUUACUGUUGAAAGUCUGGUAAUGGAUCUUUUGACUGUUUUGACUUCAUGUUUCCAUCAAGCGCACCCCCAACAAAGAAAUCAGUCAAGACAAAUAUAGAAGAACAAGCACUAACAGGAAGUACAAGCACAUUUCUCUAUGACAGUGUAAGCUAUACAUUCAAGCAAGCAAGAUUCACCGGAAUGGCUAUAACAUACUUGGUGUUUGAGGGAAAUAAGCAAGGAAGAAAAUUACUGUAACACAUCCUACUCCGUCAAGCAGCGAAGGACCUGUGAACUUGACAGACUAUGAGAACUAUACAGACGACUCUACAGUAGAGUUUGAUUGUCCUCAAAAUGAGAUGGGCCUCCAGACCUUUUAUGAUGUGUUCAAGCCGGUGCUUUAUAGCUUGAUCUUCCUGCUGGGUGUGGCAGGGAAUGGCCUGAUGAUAACAGUCCUCCUGAGACGUCGGCACCUCCUGCGUAUCACUGAGAUCUACCUACUGCACCUUGCCCUGGCUGACCUCAUGCUCCUUUUUACAUUUCCUUUCGAAGCAGUUGACAGUGCCAUUGGUUGGGUGUUCGGGGAGAUUCUCUGCAAGCUGAUACAAGGGAUGAAACAUCUUAACCUCCUUUGUGGGAGUUUCCUUUUAGCUUGCAUUGGGUUUGAUCGGUAUUUGGCUAUUGUUCAUGCUAUACCUAGUAUGCAAAGUCGACGUCCGAGAACAGUUCACCUAACAUGCAUUUUAUUAUGGCUGGUCUGUCUAGGUUUAUCAAUUCCCAAUGUUGUGUUUCUGAGCGAGAUAAAGGGUGCCUGCUCAUAUCAUCAUUUUGGUAUUCAUGCAAACAACUGGGUUUUGACCAUGAGAUUAUUUGAUCAUAUGUGCUUUUUCCUACCUCUGGCUGUCAUGAGCUAUUGUUACACAGCAGUGGUUGUAACUUUGUGCCACAGUCAGAAGAGCCAAGCAAAGCAAGGAGCAAUUCGACUGGCUUUACUAGUCACUCUUGUAUUUUGCUUCUGUUGGCUACCAUAUAAUGUCACCUUAGUGGUAACAACUAUCGUAGACCUGAAAUUUCUCACACUUAACAGCUGCAGAUCCUACAGUCAACUGAUAGUAGCCUAUGAUGUGACAAAGAGUCUGGGUUUCGCACACUGUUGCCUGAACCCUUUCUUAUAUGCCUUUGUUGGGAUGCGGUUUCGCAAUGAGCUAAUACGGCUACUUUGUCAUUUGGGCUGCGGCCGUGUUUGUAUGCCUUUCAUCAGAGGUCAGGGUCACAGUCGCCCCUCCAUUUCAGAUGGAGCAACAACCACCAGCAAUAUUCUCAUCUAAUAAACUGUUACACAGUGUCAGCUGUAAUUAAAAUGCUUCUAUGCUGUUCUACACUAUUUUGUUUGUACUGAUGGAAAAUGUUAUAAUUUGAUUAGAUAUUCUUACAAUACAGUACCCAUUGCUACUUUGAUUGCAUUUAAAAUGUGUUUUAUUUACCCAGUCAAAUCUUUUUUUAUUGUUGGCCGAAAUCUGUUUUAGCUUGUAUUUUAGCAACUGUUAACUGAAUUUCAUUUAUUUUUUUAUUUUAAAUAAAGCUUUCCAUAU